CCGAAACGAAGCUGUUCCCCGGGCUCCUCCUCCUGGUGGGGGGCGUGGCUUCGCGGCUCGCUCGCUCUCCUGAGACUUUGCCGAGGCGCCAUUUUGAAAAGCGUUAUGUUUGUGGGCUGAACCCGAGAGAGACGAGAGGAGGAGAGGCGGCUUUCUCCUCCCACCCCUUUCGGCGCGGCCGCGACGUUGUUUCUGUCAGCCGUUUGGCAAAGCGUCGAGCCGGGUAAGUCCUCCCUCGCUCCGCGGCUUCUGCUCCGUCCUCGUUUUCUCCUCCGCGCGCCUGGAGCAUAUACUGUAUAACCGUCGCCUCGCUGGGUCAGGCAUAAAAGGCCUGAUCCUGCUGCGUCUUUUCCCUCAGGGGAACCGGCCAGAAUUUUUGGACACUACUAUAAAAAUGCAGGAUGGGCGUAUAGACAACCACCUUAUACCGUAAACCAACUGACCAACAAAUAUACAGUAUCUGCAUGCUUCUAGCUACCAUCCCAAACAAUCCAGGCCCUACGUUACAGCCGCAUCUGUUCCAACUCUGCAGACAGAGACUCUCACCUAAGAGAUCUACAGCAAACCUUUUUAGAACUAAAAUAUCCGCCUAAUAAACAAUAGAUCACCAGAGCCAGACUGAUGGGGGGGAUUAGUUUGAAACAUCAGUCAGAGGUUUACAGCAAGUUAUACAAAAAAGGUCAUAUAAUAUAAAAUACAGCAAAAUAUGUAACCUAAUUUAUUUAAAACCCUUUGGCCAGCUCUUCAGCUGAAAAAAGGCUUCCAGAGCAGCUUAGAAAUGUCAGACUUUUAAUUGAAAAUAAAUGGCACCCAAAAAAAAGGGAUGCUGAGGGAUGAGGAAACCGCAAACUUGUUCUUGGUUAGAGAAUUCUUGUACUGACCACUGGAGUGGAAAAUUUUAGGGUAACCAAAAGUGCCGACCUCUGCUAAUAGGAACCCUGCAAGCCCAUUUCUUCUGCUAUAUCCUUAACAACAAGAAAUUUAAGUAAUCUGUUUUAAACUUUGCUAAACAACAACAAAAUACCUUUAAAGUGUCUUGAACAAAACAUAAAGCUUUAUUGUUUUAAUGUAUAAUGAGUAAACUCCAUUUUCCACCUUCCUACCCUCUUGUACUGCUACUGUUCUAGUCAGUUUCAUAACACAUGCAAUCUUUGAGCAAUACUUAAUAGAACGCAAAGAAUAAUUUCUUAAAAGAGAGAUGUGUGGUUCAUGUUCCCCUCUUCUCUGAUAGGGGUCUAGUGUUCUCUGAUUCUGUGUUACCGAUAGUAGUGCCUACACAGUACCUUUCCAUGUGUUUACUGAGAGUGGUGGUGGAAUUUUCCUGUUGGCUAAUGUAAAGUGGCUCAUGUCUCAUUACGUCUUCCAAGCCUCAGGGUUGACCAGGCCAGUCACAUCCACCUUUCUUGCAUCUGAGGUCAUGUAUGAUGUCAGAUUUAGGAAAGUUCAAGUAGCAGAUGUUGCGAUGUUUGUGUUCCUGAUUCCUUUACAAGGAAAAACCCGAGCCGUUUUGCUUGUCUGCACUGCAGUUGAUUUCAAGCUGUGGCUGCAAGGGAAGAUCUGAUUGAAUCUACAGAUAGAAUCACCUGACAUCAUACAAUGUCCUCUGAUUGAUAGGUGGGCAGGGGUGCUCACCAAUUAAUGUGGCCUGUGGAGGGCUGGCCCUCUGGCUGGCUGGAUCCAGUUCCCCACCCCUGCUGUUGGCCCAGCAGCCUUGCAUUUGCCUAUUUGUGACAUCUUCGUUUUGAAACUGUAUUCAUAGUUGCAUCGUAUGGUACAAGGCACAGACUUGGGUAAGAUUAUCUAGAAGACUUGCUUUGAUAUUUCUCUUUGUAUCAAUAAGAUGGUGUAUAAUUGUUGGUAACUAUUUUUAACAGACUCUGCUGGAAACCUCCAAAAUUACAUUAGGGGAAAUUUGAUUCUUAAACUUUUAUGUUGAAACAUGACUUUAUUUUCCCUUCCAGUAUUUCUAAUAGAUGGAAGAAGGAGCUGAAGACCUAAUGGAUCAGCCUGAAUCUGCUCCAGAAAACAUACAAGUGACUGAAACAAAAAAAAGGUGAGACAUAAUUCCUAAGUUGCUGCUGUUGUUAAAUGUCAUAUUUAAAAAAUGAAAAAUGUUUUAUAAAAACUACAAAGGGUCUUAUGGCGAUAUGGGAUGGGGGGAGCAACUCCCAUCUCUUGCGGGGGCGCAAUUAGUGCCAGCACCGUCCGUUAAGAGUUUGGGUGUAAUCUUCGACACCUCCCUUUCCAUGGAGGCGCAGAUUGCAGCUACAACAAAGGCGGCAUUUUCCCAUCUCCGCCAAGCUAAGCAGUUGGCUCCUUACCUCUCUUGCCCUGACCUAGCCACUGUGAUCCACGCGACGGUCACCUCCAGACUGGAUUAUUGUAACUCGCUCUACGUGGGGCUGCCCUUGAGACUGACCCAGAAACUCCAGCGGGUGCAGAAUGCUGCAGCGAGACUCCUUACGGGGUCUUCGCUGCGAGAUCACAUUCACCCGGUGCUAUACCAGCUGCACUGGCUCCCAGUGGAGUACAGGAUCAGGUUUAAGGUGCCCUAUACGGCCUAGGACCCUCGUACCUACGGGACCGCCUCUCCUGGUAUGCCACAGAGAAGUUAGGCUGGCCUCAACUAGAGCCAAGGCUUUUUCGGCCGUGGCUUCGAUCUGGUGGAACACUCUGUCACAAGAGACCAGGGCCCUGUGGGACUUGACAUCUUUCCGCAGGGCCUGCAAGACAGAGCUGUUCCACCAGACUCCCUCCCUCGGCAAUCUUCGUGGAGCUCUGGCCCAAUGGUUGCCAGUGGCUUGAAUUAAUUAAUUUUAUAAUGAAUGAUUUUAGAGUGUUGUUUGUGCUGUACUUUUGUACUGUUUUAUUGUUGUUAGCCGCCCUGAGCCCGGCUUCGGCUGGGGAGGGCGGGAUAUAAAUAAAAUUUAUUAUUAUUAUUAUUAUUAUGGGUAGCAUUGAUCUAAGUUUUUCUUAGAGUAGUUCUAAUAAAAUCCAUGGAAAUAACUUGGUUGUGUUCAUUAAUUUCAGUGGGUCUACUCUGAAUAAAUUUGGUUGAAUACCACCUUAACAUAUAUGUAUAUUUUCAUGUUCAUCAGCUGCAUUAAGUGUAAUCCUGAGUUGCAAGUACAUAUGUACUGGGAUUAUAAACAGUCAUCCCCCCCUGUCAACCUGGGUUUGUGUAUAUUUUUUCAUAUACAUGUAAUCUGAAACUAAGUGCCCUAGGUCAUGUACUAACAUAGUGGGUUGUAUCCAACUAAAUUUUACUUUGAGUAUACCAGUAGAAAUUAAUUCACUGAAGUUAACUCUGACUAUUACUGUCAGUGGAUCUACUCUGAGCAUGACUGGUACUAAGCACAAUGCAGCAUUGCCAGGUAAGAUCAAUUGAUAAAAGAUUUUGAGUGACAUAGGGUUGCCAUAUUUUGAACUGAAAAUCCGGAAAGAAAAGUUGUUGAGCUUUUUUCUUUUUGGGGAGGGUGGGGGGCAAAUUUGUGAGCUGUUUUUGAGCUAGUUUUAUGGAAAAACUGCACUGCCAACAUGGGCUGCCAUACUUCCAGAUUUUCUGUAUAUUUGCAGUAUUCCAUAUACAGUAUGUUUGGGAAAUUCCGGACAUAUGGCAACCCUAGGUUGACAGCCCAUGAAACUCUGCUUCUGUGCAUGGUUUAGGGAGGGAGAGCAGGCUCAUGUGCCACAGCUAUGGGGAAAUCACAAAUUCAGUGGGUUAAGACUUCUAGUAUGGAAAUGCAAUUCUGCAAAGAACUUCAUCCGUGUUGUUAGUUAGUUCUGUGUGGCCCACAGGUUAUUUUUGACCCUUGCUAAAGGAGGAUACAGCUUUCCAUAUGACACAAAAUACCUGCAAGUUUGAUGCAAAUUUGUGUUCUCUUUUAUGGGUGGGGCAGAGGGUCUAAUCUACAUACAGUGUGGACCUGCAAAAUCCUGUUGGCACCUCUAGCCAUAGUAAUUGGACUGUGGUUCUUAGAACAAAAAAAAAAAUGGUAAGAAUUUCAUAUGUUCUCCUUCGUUAUGCUCAGGGGCCCAAGAGGUCGGGGAAGAGGCCGAGGUGGCAGAGGCUAUACUAGAGGGAAAAUGCGAGGCAGAUCACUGAAUGGCUUUGGGCCAAUAAGGUAAUCUUUCAUUUUUUUACCUAUUAUUUACUUAUUGUAUAAUGUUGUACACAUUAACUUCAGGGUGCAAACUUCCUAACUGGCAAAGCUUUAAUACACAGUUGCAGUUCGAAUUGUGAUGGUUUUGCAGGCUUAAAGGGAUGUGCAUGCAGGUACGUUUCCCCUACUAAAAUGAGUGUUGCACUUGCUUGCAGAUGGUCACAGGCCCAACCUCCAGCAUUUCCAAGUAGGGCUGGGAAAGGCUCCUUCUGAAACUCCGGAAUGGGACUGCCAUUCAGGGUGUAGCCAAAAUGGGGUCAUCCAGAUGUCACUGGACCGUAGCCCCUCUUAUUCCUGACCCUUGGUUAUGGAAUAAGGCAGCUUCAUAUGUUGAACUGUAACCAAGAAUGUGGUUAGAACUUAAUCAUCAGCUUGUGUUCAGAAGAUCAGCUAAGCCAAACCUUGACUUACCUCACACAUGGCUUAGGAGCAAAAGGGACCGGAAAGGACCAAAAUGGCUACAAGCUCUUUUCCAGGAGUCUGCACAUUUGCAAACCUGGACUUUUGUCUCUUUAUUAAGAUUUGCUGAGUUGCUCAUGCUUUUUUUUUUAAUAAGAUAUUUAUUAAGAUUUUUUAAAAUAUUACAAUAAAAAAGAAAGAAAAAACAAAAAUACAAAAUAAAAAUGGUUAAAAACACACAGAUUUUCCAUUACUUAUUUUCCUUUAGCUUGUUUCCCGGACCUCUUCAUACCUCCCUUUUUUGUAUUCCACUUCAAUCUGUUGGUUCAGCAAAUCCUUACCCUCUUUAAUUAUCCUAAUCCUUGAUCUUAAAAAUAAUAGCAUUAGAUUUUUACCUAUUUAUAACCCUUUUUCAUAUUCCCUUAAAGCAUUACAGCUGGAAACCACUUAAUUUCUAUCCAACAUCAUUCUAACAUUCAUUAAUUUUACAAUAUUUCUGUAGAUAAUCUUUGAAUUUCUUCCACUCUUCUUCCACCGACUCUUCUCCCUGAUCUCGGAUUCUGCCAGUCAUUUCUGCCAAUUCCAUAUAGUCCAUCAGCUUCAUCUGCCAUUCUUCCAAAGUGGGUAAAUCUUGUGUCUUCCAAUACUUUGCAAUGAGUAUUCUUGCUGCUGUUGUGGCGUACAUAAAAAAUGUUCUAUCCUUCUUUGACACCAAUUGGCUGACUAUGCCCAGGAGAAAGGCCUCUGGUUUCUUCAAGAAGGUAUAUUUAAAUACCUUUUUCAGUUCAUUAUAUAUCAUUUCCCAGAAAGCCUUAAUCCUUGGGCACGUCCACCAAAGGUGAAAGAAUGUACCUUCGGUUUCUUUACAUUUCCAACAUUUAUUAUCGGGCAAAUGAUAGAUUUUUGCAAGCUUGACUGGGGUCAUGUACCACCUGUAUAUCAUUUUCAUAAUAUUCUCUCUUAGGGCAUUACAUGCCGUAAACUUCAUACCUGUGGUCCAUAACUGUUCCCAGUCAGCAAACAUAAUAUUAUGUCCAACAUCUUGUGCCCAUUUAAUCAUAGCAGAUCUCACCGUUUCAUCCUGAGUAUUCCAUUUCAACAGCAAGUUAUACAUUCUUUACAAAUUCUUAGUUUUGGGUUCUAACAAUUCUGUUUCUAGUUUUGCUUUUUCCACCUGGAAGCCAAUUUUCUUAUCCAAAUUGUAUGCCUCCAUUAUCUCAUAAUAAUGAAGCCAAUCUCGCACUUUGUUUUUUAAUUUCUUGAAACUCUGCAAUUUCAAUUUGUCUCCUUCUUGUUCCAAAAUUUCCCAAUAUUUCGGCCAUUUGGCCUCCAUAUUGAGCCUUUUCAGAGCUUUCGCUUCCAUCGGUGACAACCACCUUGGGGUUUUGUUUUCCAAUAAAUCCUUAUAUCUUAUCCAAACAUUAAACAGUGCUUUCCUGACAAUAUGAUUUUUAAAUGCUUUAUGUGCUUUGACCUUAUCAUACCAUAAAUAUGCAUGCCAUCCAAAUACGUUAUUAAAACCUUCUAAAUCCAAAAUGUCUGUAUUUUCAAGAAGUAGCCAUUCUUUCAACCAGCAAAAAGCUGCUGAUUCAUAGUAAAGUUUAAAGUCUGGCAGGGCAAAUCCACCCCUUUCCUUUGCAUCAGUUAAUAUCUUAAAUUUUAUUCUGGGCUUCUUGCCCUGCCAGACAAAUCUAGAAAUAUCUCUCUGCCACUUCUUGAAACAGUCCAUCUUGUCCACAAUUUGCAAUGUUUGAAACAAAAACAACAUUCUAGGCAAUACAUUCAUUUUUAUCACAGCAAUACGACCCAACAGUGAAAGCUUCAAAUUUGACCAAAUUUCUAAGUCUUUUUUUUCACUUCCGUCCAACAUUUUUCAUAAUUAUCUUUAAAUAAGUUCCCAUUUUUGGCUGUCAUAUUAAUCCCCAGAUAUUUCACUUUCUUAACCACAGUCAAGCCUGUCUCAUUCUGAAACCUCUCUCUUUCAAUCGGUGUUAAAUUUUUCUCUAAAACCUUAGUUUUUAACUUGUUCAAUUUAAAUCCUGCCACUUGACCAAAUUCUUGAAUCAUGCUUUUAGAUUGGUGUUGAAAAGUUCUUGUUUUUGUAGACGUGGAAUGGGAAGAAUGCGCCCAUAUUCAGAUGUAAGAGGGCGAAGAGGAGGACGAGGCGGACCUCUCUUCUCGCCAUCUCUGCCUCGGAGAGGAAUGAUGAGAGUGCCUUUUCUGCCACCCCCACCAUGGUUAGUAUUGAGGUUGACAGUGCAAAUAUAUUUAAAAACAGUGACUGUAGUUUUGGGUUAGUUAGGGCUGUGCUUGGGGUUGAUUCACCUAGCCAUAUGUUUUAUAUAUGCAAUUUGCAUUAGUUGCAGAAUUUGGGGCUUUCUGCAAGCAAAUUUCACAAGACCCUGUUUUCUUGUCAAAUUCCAUAGAAUUGGUUGUGUGAGGGUCCACAAAGGAAAAAAAAAGUUUCAAGAGCUGGAGAUCAGUUUUGGGGAUUUUCCACUGAGGAGAUGACACUGCAAUUGUUGGGGGUUUUUUUGGAAUCUAAGUUAUGCAACUGAAAGGUUGUAUGUGACUCAAUAUCAGGAGUGCUUCUUUGGAAAGAUUUGGGGUUGUAAAAUAUACCUCAAGAUAGCUGAUGCUAAUCAGACAGUGAAAGUUUAGGACUGAGAGCUACUGAGUUAGAUCAAGCACUCCUGUACAUACAAGGAGAAAUUACCUUCCCUAAUAUAUGUAUGUGUGUGUGUGUGUGUGUGUGUAUAUAUAUAUAUAUAUAUAUAUCUCCCCCACACUCAUCUGAAAUUUGGAGAAAAUCUUUUAAAACAGGCAACUAUUCCUGGCAACUCUGAAAGCACAAUUUUUAGAUUAAAAAACAUGUUUUAUUAUCAAUAUGAUUGCUGUCCUGGGCUCCUUUGGGAAGAAUGGCAGAAUGUAAACUGAAUGAAUGAGCAAAUUCUAAUAAAAAUCACCGUAUUUUUCUAUGUAUAAGACUAGGUUUCCCCCCUAAUAAAUAAUGUCCAAAAUUGGGGGGAGGGGGGCGCGUCUUAUACACGGGGGCCAUCUCCCCCCAUUUUCUUAAAUAAUGUCUUAUACAUUGGGGCGUCUUAUAGACAGAGAAAUACGGUAUGUUUUUAUUAUUAUUUGAAGAAAAUGCCUGUCUGAAGCAGGGAAAACAAAACUAAUAGUUACAUGAUAUAUAACUGGGUUAGUAGUCAUAUGAUGAUGGUCAGUUGGGUCUGUCUCUGCAGUUUUGAGCUUCCUCCCCCACCUCCCCCUCCCCCACCACCUGGACCAAUGGGCUUCAGAGGAAUACCUCCUCCUCCCCCCAGAGGCAGAGGGAUGCCGCCAUGGCCACGAGGCCGUUUCCCACCUCCAAGCAGGUAAGAUUCCUUUCCCACUCCCUUUUUUAGCUCAUUUUACUUUACACUUAAAGAAUUUUAUGUAACAGUGUUUAAAACUUAAGGAAGGUUCAGUAUUCAGAACGAGGCAUAUCACGUAGAGACUUAAAAAAUCGGAACUUAUUGUUAGCAUAAUAUUUAACCACACUGGAAGCUUUCUAAAUAUGCAUGUUGGAAGCAUACUCCCAAAUUGUAAUGUAGGGUUUUAAGUCUGUUGUUUUUAAAAAGUAACUCUUUUGAGAAGGGAAAAAACAACAAUUAUGAUUUUAUCCUUUUAUACAGCUUUCCCAGUGGACCCGGUGCACCACCUCUUCCGCCACCUGGGCGGGGCCAGAGAUGGCCUGGGCCGCCAGGUGGCAGAUACUAUUAAAGAGGCUUAUUCUUUAAAUUCAGUAACUGGGAUACAUCCUUUUUACCUUAAGACCAUUUGAAAUGGCUGGACUAAGAAUUGCCUAUAAAGCAUUAAAGAAGGCAAAGAAAAUAACAGAGUGCUUGAUAUUCCAUAUUUUUCCAGCAGCCCUUAUGCACCAAGUUGGUAAAAGCCAUAUAUUUUUUAAAAAUAUCCUAAAGACCUGUGACUCCUUGGACACUUUCAAGAAUAUCCUUUUGAAGCCUGUUGUUUGUGGACCUUGGCAUCUGCACACUAAAAGUUAAAAGAAAGAUAUCUUAAGAAUAGGUCAAGCUUUAACUUAAUAUUCACAAUUAAGUUGUGUGCAGCUCUUUUUUUGGAAAUACAUCUUGAUUUGUUUCAGUAACAUGUAUUUGUUUGUUCUAAAUCUUGUGAACUCUGGUUUCAAAUGCACUUACAUGUGGUAACAAUAAAUUCAUCAAGAUGCUUCUUACUUCAAAGGGGCAAUUAUUCUGUAUCAUGUGGGGAAAUAUAAGCAAUGCACAAAAUGUAAUGGAUAAAAGAAACUGUGGAUGUUAAUUUAAGAAAAAGAAAAAAAUUACAAAUGAACAGAAGUUUAUGGACUUUGUUUAAAUUUUUAAUUACUGUUUCUGUUACUCAGCUUGACCUUGGUGUUUAAAUUUCUAGCAUGUAAUAACUACGUGUAGUACAUGGCUAAGCAUUUGACCUAUUGUAUAAUUACAACUGGUGAUGUUAUCAAAAACAUAAAAUGAAAGGCUAUAUUAAAAUCCGCAGUGUGCAUAUUGUUUUAAAUGACAGAUUUCUGUACAUUACACAAUCACUUUAGAUUUGAUUUUGUUGUGCACUAGAAAAACUUAACAAAAAUGGAACAUGUAAAUCUUUUUUUGCUUGUUAAAAUAACAGAUAAAAUUGUAAAAUUCUGAAACAGUGCUGUUUAAUGUCAAGGAUGAUCACAGUCAGUAAAUUUACAUUCAUUAAUACGGUCUGUGUUCUUCUGUGCUGAGGGCUGAAUAGAAACUUUUUUUACCAGUCUGGUGCAGUUUGGGACUUUUUAACUUAAGCAGUUCCUACACUGGGUCCAAAGUCUACAAGCAAAGUUUUAAAAAAAAUGAAGAAAAGCAAUAAAUUGAGGUAUGAAAGCAUAUAUAGAUGUCUAUAUUCUACUCCUAACACUUGGCUUCCAGUUAAUUGGUAUCUUAACAAAAUGUAUUAACCUUAGCUUUGAUAAAACAAAACAAAAACCCGACUUAGAUUGAUACUUGAUCAGAACCUCAACGUUCCCAAUAAAUCACGAAAGCUAAUAUUUAGCCUUCACAACUUAUUCUUUAAAAGUGAAAAAAUUCAGCUGUGUAUAACAUAUUAGAAAAUACUUUAUCCUAUUCAUUUGGUGAAAUCAUUAUACUGCAACGAUGCUUUGUUUUGACUUUGUGUUGGUUCAUUAUGUUGGUUUAAAAACACAUCUAAUGUUGCCCAAUGGUGAAAGAAUGAUGCUGUUGUUAUCUUCUGAAGGGUAACAUAGUCACCCUUUGAGGCCAGUGGGAGAUGGCAUGCAGACCUUUGGGAGAGCUUUCAUCAAGGCCUUGAGGUGAGACAGUAUUUAAACAUUUUCCCCACUCACUUUCUUUUUCUUUGAGUGAAGUGCACAUUCAUCCGAGUUUGAUUCAUGUCUGAAGUGGGGCACAUACACAACACACAGUCUCGAUUCUGUUUCACUCAGAACAUUAGCGGCCAAUAUACAGAGUUACCUCCUAGUGGAACCCAGUCAUACAAAAGGGAUUCAUCAGGUUCAGUUGGAGAAACUGAGUUGCCGAGCACAUGGUGGUGGGUCAACCAGGCGUGUGUCCAAUGAAGCUGGGCUUUAUGCAGAUCUUUACCGAAAAGGUUACUGUCAGAAAUUACUAAGCAAUACACAAAUUCUGUUACUUGGAAUAACAUUUGAACAUAUAAAGCCAUGUUUACACUGAAUUGGAACAUUCCUCUGUCUAGUCCAGGAGUGGGGAAUGAUCUAGCUACCAGGCUAUAUCCUUAUCUCUGCAACACAGAGACACAUAAUAGAUCCACUUUGUGAGGUGGGUGGGGUUGGCCAUCUGUCAGUCACCUGACCUCAUGAUGUCAGAUGACCCUUUUUUGGCUGUGUGGUUCAAGCACCAUGCUUAUUAUUGGGGCUUGCAAAAGGUUGGCUGUGCACUGAGCUUUGCAGGCGUUUGCAAACCCACUUUUGGCACAGAUGCAUCUUUACCUAACCCACAGUUGAGACUGCAUGUAGGGCAGGCUCGUGUGGCUUAGCCCAAAGGGCCUCAUAGGUUUCCUGCUGAUCCAGCCUAGUAAUGUUCUUACUGACCAUGGAUCUCCUAAGAUUUUCCCCAGCCUUGUUUUCUGAGAUAGCUGUAACUUGGUGCUUCCAGAAAUUGAAGCUGGCCUUCUGCUUGCAGAUACCACUGAGUGUGGCCCAUCUUGUUAAAGGAAUCACAUGCCCUUGAUUUCCCCCUUAAACUGAACUAGUAUUUGCUGUUCUUCAUUCAAUGUGUUUGAAAAUGCAAGGAGAAAAGGAUUAGUAUGUUCAGUCUUCUAUAUUAUUCUAUACCAACUGCUGACAAGAGUAAUGAACAAGCAAAGCUGCUUUGGUAAUAGUAAAUCAGUACUAGCCUGUACAUUUAGUAGCAGGAAUAUAUUGCUGAAUUUUAUCUGUUGAUAUGGAGAGAAAUUGAACCCAAGCAUAAGAGAGAACGCAAACACUUUUAGUGCUCUAGUACAGCAAUUCACCUACAUGAUGGGCAGAGCAAUCAAAAAUGAUAAGGGAGCAUGGUAUGGCAUAUCUACCCACGGACUGUCUCGCCAGAGUGGUGCAUGCUCUAGUUAUCUCCCGCUUGGACUACUGCAAUGCGCUCUACGUGGGGCUACCUUUGAAGGUGACUCGGAAACUACAACUAAUCCAGAAUGCGGCAGCUAGACUGGUGACUGGGGGCGGCUGCCGAGACCACAUAACACCGGUCUUGAAAGACCUACAUUGGCUCCCAGUACGUUUCCGAGCACAAUUCAAAGUGCUGGUGUUGACCUUUAAAGCCCUAAACGGCCUCGGCCCAGUAUACCUGAAGGAGCGUCUCCACCCCCAUCGUUCUGCCCGGACGCUGAGGUCCAGCGCCGAGGGCCUUCUGGCGGUUCCCUCAUUGCGAGAAGCAAAGCUACAGGGAACCAGGCAGAGGGCCUUCUCGGUAGUGGCGCCCGCCCUGUGGAACGCCCUCCCAUCAGAUGUCAAAGCGAUAAAUAACUACCUGACAUUUAGAAGACAUCUUAAGGCAGCCCUGUUCAGGGAAGUUUUUAAUCUGUGAUAUUUUACUGUAUUUUUGGUUUCUAUGGAAGCCGCCCAGAGUGGCUGGGGAACAAAUAAUAAAUUAUUAUUAUUAUUAUUAUUAUUAUUAUUAUUAUUAUUAUUAAAUGUUUGUAUAGACUGAGAAUUAAUUGUCCUUUCUAGUGUAUUAAAGUUGCUGCAGCCAUCUGAAUUGUGUAUAAGCAUACUACUCUGCAGGAAGAUUUCAACUCUAUUGUUAAGGUAACACUUGCUUUCAUUAUUGCCUUCUUUUAAAAAAAUGGUGAUGAUGCUGCUUUGACAGUGAAACUGUUUUUCUGACCUUCUAUAUUUCUGUGGGGAACAUCCAUUGCAGAUGUGGACUUAAGUUAACAGCCUGUGAAGCGGUGUGUAUCGGUGCAGCUAUUUUAACUUUUCAGGAAGAUUAGGCUGAGGUCCCGUCUCCCUUUCCCGUGAGACUGCAAGGUCUCUGGAAUGUAAACAGAGUCCUGUGACUCCCAGCAGCUGCUCAGUGGGAAACAGAAACUAACACUCUCCUCCUUUUGAUAAAAUUCUACUUGCACUGAAUUGCAACUGAGUGCAGAAAGAGCUAGUGUCUAGUGCCUGUAUAAACUGUAAUAAUGCUCUGAUGCAAAGUAAAAUGAUGGAAACAUGGUCCUAAUAUGAGCAACACAUGCCUUCAUCAUUGGCCAAGCAAGUUCAACCUGCUUGGCCCUCCUUCCUUAACUUAAGAAGUCCUCAGUGGGAAUUGUUGGUCAUGAUGUUGUACAGGAUGGUCAAAGGCUGACACUAGUAAAGACAAAGCAAGGAUGAGGGCAAAACACGCUACUUGAAUUAUCUUAGCAUCAUUUGCUGAAUCCAGACUUACCUGGGAGUAAGGCCAAUUGACAACAUUUCGAUGUUUGAACACAUAAUUUAUAAUCAUCUUCCCCCCACCCCUAUUUGUUGUAUCACUUUAAAAAACAAACCAGCCUGAAUAGGCAUGUAUAAGAUUAUUCAGACUUACUCAUUACUAAAUUAAGCUAACUAACACUAAUCUUACACUUGUUUAUUCAGAGUCCCACUGGAUUUAUAUAGGAUUGCAGAAUUAGUCCAGAUUCAAUUCCAUGGUAUUUGUUUCUGAUACUAUACUUGAAUUGUAUUGUGAGAAGCUUUUGUAAGUUGCUCUGAGAGUCUAUUGCCCUAUUUAGAAAGGCCAGUGUAUUGUUAUUUUAGCCACAAUCUGGAUGUUUUAAGAACCAUAAGCAGAGCAUGAAUGUGGUAGGUUGCCCCAGGGACCCAGCGUUCAGAGAUACUGUUUCUGUUACCAGGAAGAAUAGUCAUUGAUAGAUCUCUCAUCUUUGGUAUUUUUGCACUGAUCCUAUUAAUUUCAAUGGGGUGUCUGCAGAGGAAAUUCCUGCUGAAUUAUUCCUCUUGUCAGUAACUCUGUAAGUACAUUUAACUCAGUUUUUUUCCAUAGGGACCAUUUCACAGACCUUGAGAGAAACACGGUAGAUAAAUCUUUCACAGUAGCCUGAUCCUGAUUCAAGCUUGAGCCAAGGGGUGUGUGUAAUAUAUUAGGAAUGUUUUGUCUAUUGCAAUAAAUUACAUCCCUAGAUCAACUCAUUUUAGAGACAAAAAUGUAUUUUGUGGUCAAUGAAUGAGAAACUAAUAAAGUAUCUAAGCACUGUGAUUGUUGUGUGAUGGAAGUAUUUACAAGGUGUAUACAGUACAUAAACACUACUCUUCUGUGUAGCAUCAUUGGGAGGAAGGAAAUGGCUCAUAUGAAUAUAUACAUUAUUCACUGCAUGCUUUCUUCCAUGCUGCAACUCACAGUGGUGGAUAUGAAGUUUCCUGUCUGACCUGAGAUUACUCUGUUGACAUAUUCAUCCAAUUAAUCAUAGUUGUAUUUGAAUAAAAUCCAGCAUCUAUUCCUACCGCACAAACCCCUUUAAAUGAACAACUGCUACUCAAGAGGACAUUAUGCUCUUGUCUAUGGCCCUAUUCAUCUUCUGUUGCACUCAAGCUGCUUAUGUCAGAUGGUUUGCUUAGGUCCAAUGGAGCUCCUGUUAAACUGGCACAAGAUACAUAGCUGGCUUAUUUUGCCCUGGCACUAUUAUUGCUGCCGAGAAGAUAUGUAGCACUUCUUUCUGGCUAAAGUCAUCAACAUGGGGUGGAGUAACAGUAACCCCACCAUUAACUAAACAUGACUGGUAAUUCAGUCUCCCUGCUGUAGUUUCUUGAGAGCCAAACCACAUGGGGAGCUCUCACUACAAAUAGAUACCUAGCUAGACACUCAUUGCCUUUAUAGCAGUAGGAUCAUGUACUGACCAGUCCCUGUAUCAGGCAUCUUUUUUGUGCUCUGGCAGAGUAGAAACCUUUUUCCCUUUGUAUUUUCUGUAUCCUAGCUACCUUGAGUCUAGUUGCUAAGAGACAGCCUAUACCUAGGAAAGCGUUGGCUAUUUGUGAUUUUCUUUUUCUUAGGAAGACAACUUUCUUUGAAACACUGUUUCAGUAAAGAAAGAAUACUAUUCAAAUGUUGCUCAAAGCAAUAAUGAAAAAAAGAACUUGAUUCCCUGAACUAAAUAGAAAAAGGGGAGAGAUGCAGUUUUCAAAAUUAUCCAUUUUGCGUAUUUAAAAAAAAAACCCUGAGUGAGACGUAACAAUGCAGUCCUUUAUGGAAAUUGGUAUGUUAAAUGAAGCUUGUUCAUAGGUUGGUGAAUAUCUUUUCCAGGAAUGCCAAUAACUACUACGGGGUUAGAGCAUUCUGGGUUUGGUUCCAAGAGAUCAAAAUGCUUUAGCAAACUGAGUGAUGUCACUGAUUUGUAAAACAAGAAUAUGGUUGCUGGGCAAUUGAGAUAUUUGGGGUGCGGGUGCAGAUUAACAUAUCAAAUUAUUAAGUGUGUUUAUGGGAGAAACAGAUUGGCUUGUGCCCCAGUUAAAAAUAUUUCUGUAGGCUUUUGAUUGUUUCCUAAACAUCCUGUGGUUAUUAGUAAGCUCUAUGUGGGAGAUUAGCAUCUGCUCAGGGCUGGCCUAAUUAAGACAAGCUCUUUGGCACAGCUUGGUCUUACACUUCCUCUUUAGCAACAACAACAAAAAAGCUAAGAAGGAAAAAUCAGCUUAAGAUUACUGUUCCAGCAGUAUGCCCAAUUCUCCAAGAAUAGCUGACACUAUGGAUCAGAACUAACAGCAAUUGGGGAAAGUCAUAAAUCCUGCAAAAUCAUCCUUGGCCGUGUGAAAUCGAAGCUCUGUCUCAAGCAAUUAGACAUUUUGCAUCUCAAGCUGACUAGUUCUCAUCUCGUUUUCAAAAAAGCAGUCACUUUUCUUUUUAGAAGCGGUUAUUACACAUUAAGUACUUGGGAAUUUGGUGCCUAUUAAGUAACAGGUUAACAGGGUAAUUUUUUAUCCACUACAAUUAAUGUCCUUUUGGUAAUAAAGAGAAUGAAGAUAAAAGGAGCACCUUUGCACUGAAAUUGAGGGGAUUUUUUUUCUUCAGUCGAAGCACCUGAACCAUGUCUCUAUAGCACUGCAACCUUGAUUUAAUCAUCUUAGAGUAAGCCGCAUUGAACUCUGUCGUCUGAGUAAACACAGGAUUUCACUAUACAUCUGCAGUUGCCCAGUGUUUUUUGCAGAGAAGCAGGACAAUUUCUAUGAUUGUUUAAACACUAACAUGAGGCUGCUUCAGGCUUCUUGCAUGAAUCAUAGUGCCCGUCCACAGCUAAUUUCGUGUGUUGUGAAUGUAGCAGCAAACAUCCAUACAUCAGUAGGGGUAGAGGGGAAGCUGUGGCAAACAUGGUCCUUAGCUGUAUUUGGCACUAAGAACUAUGGAUAUCUGGCACCACACACCUGCUCCUCCUAGCUGAUGUUACCUUCCAUUUCUUAUCAGCGGUACACAUAAAAGAUUUAUAUGUAGAACACUGUGGCUCUUAUAAGAAGAUCCCUAUUGUGAACAAAAUACAGUCGUAUCUUGGAUCCCAAACGCCUUGUGAGUCGAACAUUUUGGCUCCUGAAUGCCGCAAACCUGGAAGUGAGUGUUCCGGUUUGCGAACGUUCUUUGGAACCCGAACAUCCAACGCUGGUUCCGUGGCUUCCGAUUGGCUGUAGGAGCUUCCUGCAGCCAACCAGAAGCUGUGCCUUGCUUUCCAAACGUUUUGGAAGUCAAACGGACUUCUGGAACGGAUUCUGUUCCAACUUCCGGGGUACCAUUGUAUUCUGUUAACACCUUUUCUAAGAGUUAUAUAGAAGGAAGUACAGGUUAUUAAUACAGUUGGUUGCAGAUGGUUUACAAAUUCAACAGUACUCUGCUAAGGGCCUCUUUAUAUUAUGCUGUUCAUAUUGAAGUAGAUAUUCUGAUUAUAAGCAACAGUGUCAGUAGCAUAAUUUAAAACCUUUUUUCCAUGUACAGUCAUACCUCGGGUUGCAGACGCUUCAGGUUCCGUUUUUUCGGGUUACAGACCCACCAAAACCCGGAAGUACCAGAACAAGUUACUUCUGGGUUUUGGCGGUCGCGCAUGCGCAGAAGUGCCAAAUUGCAACCCGCGUGUGUGCAGACGCAGCGCUGCAGGUUGCAAAUGUGCCUCCAGCAUGGAUCACACUCGCAACCUGAGCGUCCACUGUACAGCAAGACAUGAUACACAAACAACAGAUAACACAACUUCCGUCAAGUGUCUGUUGUCCACAAUCUCUUCCGAAACAUGUGUGUUUUUUGAGAAUUAAUCUGGUUGAAAAGCAGGCUCAUUAAAAACUAGUUCAUUACAGGUCCAUUUAAGAAAUAGUAUAUUUCUCUCUAACAGAAUGACAUUGUUACAUUUAAUUUCAACUCUAGAGAGUGGGAUCUUCAGACCAGGCAUUUAGGAUUUACUUGUUGAUUCUUCUACUUGAGGCAGUGUGUCCCAGACAGGUCUCUGGAUAUGUUCAGGAAGUCUUUCUAGUCUUGUCUAAAAAGAAAGUAUCAAAAAUGAGGUUAAAAAUCAUGCAUGUGCAACAGCCAUUUUUAUGCUAGAACAAUCCUAGCACGUUUCUGUGAUACUUAUAUGAUUUCUGUGUUUCUAUAAGUUUCUGUGAUACUUAUAUUCCUAAAAUUCAACACAUGUAUGACAUGCAGUUAGGCUACCAAGUGGCAAAAAUCCCAUUUUGUCCGAUAAAUGAUAAAACGAAGAGUUUAUACUACAGAAGCAAGAACAAAGUUAACUAAUACCUUUUUUACUUCCAUAGCAACCCCUUCAGGUAGGUUUCGUUGAAUGUAUUCCAAGUAAACAUUGGCUGUGCUGCCGGUUAAAUGCUUUAACUGAAACAAAAACAGUAUUUUAGUUUCCACAUAGCAAUUAAUAAGACAUGUGCUAAAGGAAACCAAUCUGUAGGCUGUAUCUGGCUUACUUUUCCCCAGCUUUUGCAGCCCUACUUGGACCAAUAUAGAUACCACUGUUAGGACCAUUCUAGGUCAAAACAUUAGAGGCUUGAAUAUGGCUCUCAAGCUAUUCACCACAUAUUAUGUUUAAUGUUUUACACACGAGUAUGUAUGUGCAUGUGUAUGAUGAAAGAGGGGGUAGACAGCUGUUAUUUCCUGAAUAAUAAUAAAAAUGUUAAUCUGUUUGCU